UUAGUGCCAGUACACUUUAUAAUCCCGAACAGACUGUAGAUCGGCUCAUAGUUUGAAAUAGACUGUAACUGGGAAUUUCCGCAGUUGCAAACAAACAUGGCGGACCUCCUAGCGAAACUCCAGGAUGAUAUAACUUGCUCUAUAUGUCAGGACUACUUCAGAACACCAAAACUUCUAGGCUGCCUCCAUCGGUACUGCCGGGAUUGCUUGCACAAGUAUAUUUUGUCUAAAGGAUCAAACGAUGGUGUCAGUUGCCCGACAUGUCGGCAAACCAGCAAACCUCUGACGGUCGGGGUAAGUACCCUCGCCCUGGGAGAAUGGGCUGACAGUUUCAAAACGGAUUUUCUUCUGGGAUCUUUGGUUGACAACAUAAAGAAAGAGAAGAAACACGGUGACGUCUGCACGAAGCACUCGGGUAACCCGGUUGUAUUGUUUUGCCGUGACUGCAGGAAGACGAUAUGUCAUGUUUGUGCAGGUGUGGAUCACCGCAGGUGUGACGGAGUUGUCCCCCUUAGACCAGAAGCCGAGAGAGAGAGGGCUCACAUUAAUCAGCGGCUCACGAAGAUGCGUACAGCAAAGACGAUAGCUGACCAGAACUACAACCACUCUCAACAUCAAAGUCUGAUGCUUAUGAUCGAAUUUGAAACCACUAAAGCUAAGGCCAAAAAGGAGUUCAAGAAAAUUCACGAUCUUGUAAACAAGCAAGAGAAAAUGUGUCUCAACAAUCUCAACAAGGAAUAUGAGAGCAGAUACCGUGAUGUUGCUAACACCAAACACAAGAAUAUACUGAACUCUGUAACCGAGAGUCUGAAAAAAGCUGAAAAAGCUGUAAAUGAAAGUUCAGACGUUGAGAUAUUGAACGAUGAAGACUCUAAGCGAUUCCCUUAUUUACCGGUGGUCAUCCCCAUUCGUAACAUGAAACGUCACAAUGAGUGUGCCUCGAUUAGUCAGUUCCAGACUGUCUUGAAGAAAGCCAAGAUCCAAGAUACAAUAGCUGUACUAGAAAGUGCUGUGUCAGCUGAAGGCGGUGAAGAGAGUACCACUGUUUAAAGGGACCUUUUCAGUGUGUUCAAUAUGGUUGUCUGUGUUGAAGUUCUACCGCAGAAUUGAAGAAACGUUCUGUGAAACAUGAGAGUUUAUUGUGUCAUUAUUUGUUUUUACUGACAUGGGUGUAUAAUUAAGGAACAGUUAUGCCUCAAGAUCCACAUUUUACCAAGAAAUUAUGUUUGGAAAUGAUUAUCGAAGCAAGAAGUUCACAGAAAGAAGAUGUUUUGUUAGUUCAGGAUGGACGUGACUGUGUGUGACUCAUGUUACUAUUGACAGUACAUAUUGCUUGACCUGUAUGUAUACAUGCUAGUUCUAAUCAAUAGGGUAUCAUUAAUCUGCAUGGUUGUUCAAACAUAUUUCACUUUCUCAAAUAUUCGAGUUCCUAGUAUGAUAGAUGGUAGAGGUAAAUGUAUAAUCUCGGGUGUCUCUGGAGGUUGGGUUGUUGAUUUGUUUGUACAUGUGUACAACGUGAUUCUUCUGCUUUCAUAAAGAGCAUGUUAUUUUGAGGUUGUCCUAAACUUUGCCAUAUAUGUGACAGUACCAUGUCAUCCUAUUGUCAUUAUUGUAUGUUCAUAGCUUAUUACACGUUCACUGUAGUAGACCAUUUAAUUGGCUGCAUGUUGAAUAUAUAAUGCUUUCAGGAUAUUUCCUUCACAGUGUUGCUGUAUUUGAUUAGGCUUUACUUUGAUAUAGAUGUUGAGUGCAUGGAUUACAAGUGUGAAAUACUUGUAGACUUGAAAUCACUCACAAGAAACUAAAUAAACAGGACGAGAGAUAUGUCUGCUCUUUUAUA